AUGGCUGAAAACGGUGCGCCAAAGGGGCUCUCCAAUAAACUGGAAAAAAAGCGCAAGAGAGCCGCCGAGGACUCGACCAAGCAGAACAAACCAGAGACAGCACCUGCCGCAACACCAGCUACCGCAGACGGUCCAAGCAAAAAGAAGCGCAAGAACAAGAAGAACAAGAAGGCGCCUGAGCAAGAUGCGAAAUCACAAGAUCGAAAAGACGGUGUGGACGAAUCCAUUGGCAAAAUGGAUGGGCGACUGCUUGCAGACUACUUCGCACAACGGGCGCAGAAGCUCGAUAAGGAGCUGUCUGCGGUGGAAUUGAACGAUCUUUCUAUUCCUGACUCUUGUUUCCUCGACACAACCGGAUUCGCCGAUUCCCGAUCUCUUGAAAAGCUCCCCGCAUUCCUCAAGGAAUUCAGUCCUAAGGGGACGGACCUUUCGAAAGCAUCGGAACAAAAGGGCACUCCUCAUACUCUGGUGAUUUCUGCUGCUGGGCUCAGAGCUGCUGAUGUUGUAAGAUCACUUCGGUCAUUCCAGAACAAGGAAUCUAUUGUUGGAAAGCUGUUUGCGAAGCACAUCAAGUUAGAAGAGGCGAAGCAGUUCCUUCAACGAGCUCAGAUGGGAAUCGGUGUUGGAACCCCUACUCGAGUUUCAGAUCUUAUUGAGUCUGGGGACUUGAAGAUCGACGAGUUGCAGCGUAUUGUCAUUGACGGAUCGCACAUUGAUCAAAAGCAGCGCGGCAUUUUCGACAUGAAGGAAACCCAUUUCCCUCUUCUCAAGCUGCUCACUCGACCUGAAUUGCGCGAACGCUACGCAGCAGGAAAAAACAAGACUCAGAUCCUGGUCUUUUAA